CAAACACGGCCCCCGAAUAUAUACGUACGUGGAUUCUAUCUUUGGCUAACUAAACCACACUGUUCUACUUAUUGGUAAUGGCCGAGCGUCUCAACCUAACCUCAUCGCCCUCCGCCUCCUCAAUGGCUUCUGUCCGCGCCGCCGCCGCUCGCCUCUUUCCUGCCACAGCCAAAGCUGCCAGACUCUCUUUCCCCUCUGUCUCAUCUCCCUCUUCUCUAAAAUGCCUCCGAUCAUCUCCUCUUCUCUCUCCUCUCUUCCUCCACCAGAGAUCGUCGGCUUACCUGUCGGUCGGCAAUUUUAGCACAGUGGCUUCUCCGAAAUGCUUCGUGUCCGAUCCUGAUCAGUUGAAGAGUGCCAGAGAAGACAUCAAAGAGAUUCUAAAAGCUACCUUCUGUCAUCCGAUUUUGGUUCGUCUAGGCUGGCAUGAUGCUGGUACUUAUAACAAGAACAUCGAGGAAUGGCCACAAAGAGGUGGAGCUAAUGGAAGUUUAAGAUUUGAAAUUGAACUGAAACAUGCAGCAAAUGCUGGGCUUGUAAAUGCGCUUAAACUGAUCCAGCCCAUCAAAGAAAAAUACUCUGACGUGACUUACGCAGACUUGUUCCAGUUGGCAAGUGCUACAGCUGUGGAGGAGGCUGGGGGCCCCAAAAUACCUAUGAAGUAUGGACGAGUUGAUGUUUCUGGACCUGAGCAAUGCCCAGAAGAAGGGAGACUCCCUUCUGCGGGUCCCCCUUCACCUGCUGCUCAUUUACGUGACGUGUUCUACCGGAUGGGAUUGAAUGACAAGGAAAUUGUUGCACUAUCUGGUGCACACACAUUAGGCAGGUCCAGACCAGAUCGCAGUGGAUGGGGCAAGCCAGAGACAAAAUACACGAAAGAUGGCCCGGGAGCCCCUGGAGGACAAUCUUGGACAGUGCAGUGGCUAAAGUUUGAUAAUUCCUACUUUAAGGAUAUCAAACAAAGAAAGGAUGAAGAUCUACUGGUUUUGCCAACAGAUGCUGUUCUUUUUGAAGAUCCAUCAUUUAAGGAAUAUGCUGAGAAAUAUGCUGAAGAUCAGGAUGCAUUUUUUAAAGAUUACGCUGAAGCCCAUGCCAAACUCAGCAACCUUGGAGCCAAAUUUGAUCCUCCUGAGGGAUUCUCAAUAGACAGUAGUCCAACAACCGUUCAACCAGAGAAGUUUGUGGCAGCCAAGUACUCAUCUGGAAAGGAUUAAGAUACAAGUAUUUGUUUUCUUAUGCGGUUUCGUUAAAUAACACAAGAUGAAGCUAUUAUCAAAUCCUGUGAACACAAAUCUAAAAAUUGGAAGUCUAAGUGAAGAAGAGGUAUAAAUUCAACGAGUGUUGCCUAUUUGAAUUGCAGAGAGAGCUGUCAGACACUAUGAAGCAGAAGAUUAGAGCAGAGUACGAAGCAGUUGGGGGAAGCCCAGAUAAGCCUCUCCAAUCAAAUUACUUCCUUAAUAUCAUGAUUUUGAUUGCUGUUUUAGCUUUACUGACAUCUCUGCUUGGAAACUAAUUUCGUUUGAGGAAUAUUUAUAUGAGGUGCCUUUUUUGUCCUUUGACUUGUUUACAAUCCUUUAAGGUCAAAUAUUAGGUUUUGGUGCAUUAACAAACCACUUGUUUCAUUGGUUUACUCGGAGCACGAGUUUUGUUGUAGGCACGAAUCCAAAGGACACGGGCUUGGGAUGGUUCUGCAUUACUAAGGAAAAACUCCCUUUUUACACGAAUGAGAUCCGAGACAAUUUAGGCCCCCCAUAGGUGAUGAGGCUAGUAAGUUACCUAUAUGCCUAGGUUAAGGAAUAGGUGUUGAACAACUCCACAGAAUCAAUGGUGUUAAAACCUAAUGCCAUUGCAGCUUGCCCCGCCGCGGUGGGAUGCUGUUACAGUUGACCCACUAAAUCGUAUUGAUUAUUUUUUUUUCUGGUAAUCUAAAUCUAAAUUUUUUUUUUCUGCUUACUUGAUAAAUUAAUGUGCCUUAUAAUUUUCAAACAGUAUUUAUGCAUGAACACUUGUUUAUUCACUCUAAU